AAUUGACAUGACUUCGAUUGACUGUCUCUUUAGAGCUGUGUAUGGAUCCCUCAAGGGUAGGGUUAUAAUAGACAACAUGCAGAUAGAGACCUUCAGGAAAGAAAGGGGAGUGACAGAGAUGUCGCCUUGCCCUGUCCAGCCUGUAGACAUCAAUGACUGACCAACUCUCUUGAAACAGUUCUCCAAACCAGGGCUCCGACUGAACAACAGAGGUAGAAACUGGGGAUGAUAUGCUCACCCACAUAAGCUGGCCUCCAGAGAAACUGACAACAGUUAGACGCAUAUGGCAAUGCUUGGACUUUGCAAGUCAACUUAGGAUAAACAAAAAAUGUUCAUCUACAAAAUGCCCAAAGACCAGCCGACUAAACUAUGCUUUAUAAAUGCUGGGGUAGAACCCACACGGAGCUCUACCUAGAUGGGCCUCGGAAGUGCAGACUGCUGACAACCACAGGAGCAGAAGAAGCCUGUAGGGCUUAAGUGGCAUUAACAAAAGCCACAGGCUAAAUAUCGACCACCAGAAAACUACUAUGAAAAUGACCUGACAGCAUAAUCCCACCCGUCCUGGAAUAUGGAAGCAAAGCCAGGGGCCUGACCUUAACGGCCAUCUACAACAGCUGGGGCAAGAAACCUACAGUCCCGCCAGCAAAUUAUACAUGUGUACAAGAAUUCGCCCAACGACGGCUGGACAGAACGGAGAUUUUUUUUUCUCUUUAGAUCAUAUGAAAAGAGCACUCGGUUUCUGGUGUCUCCACACUCAAAGCAGCUAAAUGACUACGCUAUAGAAUCACUCCAGGCUUCAACAGCGCUGCCUUUGGGCCAAAGGGGAAGGUGGGAACCAAAGGCAAAAAGCAGAUUUUUGAAGAGAACAAGGAGACUCUGAAAUUCUACCUGCGGAUCAUCCUUGGUGCUAAUGCCAUUUAUGCAGUUGUGAACCUGGUGAUCUUCUACACAACAGCCUCCUUCUGGACCUGGGUUGCGUUUGUGUUUAGCAUGGUGAUCUACGGUGCCAGUUACCGCUCCAUGAGCUCCAUGGCAAAGGCGUCUUUCACGGACGAUGGCAACCUUGCUGACGGGGGAAUUGACCUGAAUAUGGAGCAGGGGAUGGCAGAGCACCUCAAGGAUGUGAUCCUACUGACAGCCAUUGUCCAAGUGCUCAGCUGCGUCUCCCUCUAUGUCUGGUACUUCUGGCUCUUGGUGCCAGGACGGGCUCUCUAUCUCCUGUGGGUGAACAUCCUGGGGCCCUGGCUCACGGCCGACUCUUCAGCUGCCACCCAGGAGCCAAAUGAGAAGAAGCAACGCCGCCAGGAGCGCCGCCAGAUGAAGCGUUUCUAGCUACACACGUGGGGGUGGAUUCGAUCUAAUUCACCAUCUCCACCUGGUUACUUCAUCAGGGAUGCGAUUUAAACCAAUCAGAAACCAUCACAGUGUCUGUCACCCUCUCAUCAAUCCAUUCCACUCUAAAGGCUGCCAGAGACUUCCCUUGACUGCUUCUGAUGGUCACGUCAGGGGCUGCUCCACCACUUGGGGCCUUACUUGACAAGGGGGAGGGAGGUUACGAUGGGAUAUGUGUAAAUAGCUUUUUCAAGCAAUGGUGUAAUGAGUUUGGGGAUUGGGAAUUGCCUUGUUGGAGGAAAUAUAUUAAAGAGGAGAAUCUAAGCGA